CACCACCCAAUUUCUCUUGCAACCUUUGCAUGAGAGAGAAGGCAGAGCUCAAGCUCUAAUUUGACUCGCUCUCUCUCUCUCUCUCUCUUCUCUGGUCGUCACGUAUGUGUUUUCUUGCGCACACGCAGAGAGCCCCAUAUCACCCUCUUCUUCACCACGUGGUCUUUCUUCGCCUUUUGGCAAUGCCGAUAUAAGCCCAUCACCCUUUUGGUUCCGCUUCACCCUGUGCCCAGCAUCAGCAAUCCCAACAAUGCUUUGUUCUUGAUGCUUUCCUUCCUUGCCGAAAGGAGCAAUUUUUUGUUUGGAGCACCGAAAUGGGUUCCGUUCUUCGGCUCUGGAAACUCUGCUACGUGGAGCCAGUGAAGUUCCAGUCGUUUGGGUCCAACAAGAACGCUGAGAAGAGGCAGCAGCAGCAGCAGGAAGAGAGAAGCGUUUCCGAGGUUGAGAGUGUGGUUCAAAAGAAUGGUCGCGAUGACGAUGACGAUAGGAAGAAGAAGAAGAACAGGGGGAAGAGGAAGAGUAGAGAAUGGAGGUGCGUUGACUCGUGUUGUUGGGUGAUCGGGUGUUUGUGCAGUGUCUGGUGGCUCCUGUUGUUCCUGUACCACUGGUUGCCGGUUGCAUUGCCUGGGUUUCAGCCGCUCGAAUCGCCCGGGGCACGGCUCAGCCGAGAGGGCGUGCGCGCGCUCCAUCCGGUGGUUCUCGUCCCCGGCAUUUCGACCGGCGGGCUCGAGCUCUGGGAAGGCAAGCCCUGCAGUGAGGGCUUAUUCCGGAAGCGGCUUUGGGGAGGCAGCUUCACCGAAAUCCUCAGAAGGCCACUUUGUUGGUUGGAGCACCUCUCGCUGGACAAUGAGACUGGACUCGACCCCCCCGGGAUUCGGGUGCGGGCCGUUCCGGGGCUGGUUGCAGCGGACUAUUUCGCACCUGGGUAUUUCGUGUGGGCCGUCCUCAUUCAGAAUUUGGCUAAAAUUGGUUAUGAGGAGAAGAAUCUGCAUAUGGCUGCUUAUGACUGGAGAUUAUCAUUCCAGAAUACAGAGAUUAGAGAUCAAGCUCUCAGCAGAUUAAAGAGCACAAUCGAGCUCAUGUAUCUGACCAACGGGUGCAAGAAAGUGGUAGUGGUUCCUCACUCAAUGGGAGUCCUCUAUUUCCUUCACUUUCUAAAAUGGGUCGAAGGGCCACCUCCCACGGGAGGCAAUGGCGGACCUGGUUGGUGUGCCAAGCAUAUUAAGGCAAUUAUGAAUAUCGGUCCACCAUUUCUCGGCGUUCCAAAGGCAGUUAGUAACUUACUCUCCUCCGAGGGCAAGGAUGUUGCCAUCAUCAGAGCAAUGGAUCCAGGGGUUCUGGAUUCCGAAAUUCUCGGGCUUCAAACUCUCGAACAUGCUAUGCGCGUAGCCAGGACAUGGGAUUCAAUUAUCUCGUUAAUCCCCAAAGGAGGAGAGACAAUCUGGGGCGACUUGGAUUGGUCUCCAGAAGAAGGGCACGGUUGCGGUCUGGCUAAGAGAAGAACCCUGCAAUCCUCUGGAACUAACAUGAACUCAAACCGUGCCGAUGGAAAGAUAACUUUCAGCGUCAUGAAAGAGCCUGCAAAGUAUGGAAGAAUAAUUUCUUUCGGCAAAGAGGCAUCGUAUUUACCUUCUUUGCAGCUCCCAAGUGUUGAUCUUAAGGAGCUUUUACUUGGAAGCCCCUCGACCAUAUCUAACUCGACGUGUCGAGAGGUUUGGACUGAGUAUGACGAACUCAGCAGAGAAAGCAUCCGAGAUGUCGCGGACAAUAAGGUUUACACUUCUCGAACUCUCCUCGAUCUGCUACGUUUUGUGGCCCCCAAGAUGAUGCAGCGCGCCGAGUCUCACUUCUCUCAUGGGAUAGCUGAUAAUCUUGAUGACCCCAAAUACGACCACUACAAGUACUGGUCGAAUCCACUCGAAAUGCGGUUGCCGGAUGCUCCUGACAUGGAAAUAUAUUGCUUAUACGGAGUCGGAAUUCCCACCGAAAGAUCAUACGUCUACAAGAUGGCACCCACUGGCAAAUGCAAGAGCAUUCCCUUCCGCAUAGACAGCACGGCCGAGGGAUACGAGGACAGCUGCUUGAAAGGCGGGGUCUACUUUGUGGAUGGUGACGAGAGCGUGCCUGUCCUUAGCUCCGGCUUCAUGUGCGCCAGAGGGUGGAGAGGGAAAACGAGAUUCAACCCCUCCGGAGCCACUGCAUAUGUGAGAGAAUACCAGCACAGGCCACCAGCGAGCCUGCUCGAGGGCCGAGGUGCAGCGAGCGGGGCCCAUGUUGACAUCAUGGGCAAUGUGGCCUUCAUCGAGGACGUCCUGAGGGUCGCCGCGGGGGCCACCGGCGAGGAGAUUGGCGGCGACAGGAUCCAUUCCGACAUCAUGAGGAUGUUGGAAAGAAUAAACAUACGGCUUUGAUUCUCUGGCAGAGAGAUUGAUGAGCGAUAAAGUGACAGGCUUCAGGGAGAUGAAGCUUCUGCAAAACUAAUAAGGUAGAGAGAAAUGCAAAAGCAGAAAGAAUUUGCAGGUCGGAGAGGAGAAGAACCAGCCACGAGACAUGUAUCUGUUAGCUAAAGUUGGAGAAUAAGGGCUGCUCUUAGGAAUCUGGCUCGCGGUUGUGAUGAUCCCCGCUGCUGAUCUGAUCGUUGACUAGGCAGAGCUAGAUUUUGGUCUUUAUGUAGAGGGGUUAACAAGAACAUAGGCUUCUGCUAACAGAGUCGUCUUCCUUGUCAGCUACUUUCUGGGUUGGUAUGAUGAGAUCAAAAUAAAAAGUUCGGAACUUUUUUAGCUCAAUCGAUUCUUUCUGUUGUUUGUUCCGAGAGGGAGUCUUCCAAAUUUGAGGACGAUAUUUAGGCAUGACAUGGGCUGGCCGAGACUAAAGGGGCUAAUAUGGCUAUCGAUGGAGAGGUAUGCCAUUAGUUUGUGAAGAUUGAUUGGUUCUAUUGUCCUUUCCUCGUGGUUUGGGGAUGGUUCAAAUUGAUCCCAUGUUAGUGCACUUUGAGAUG